UUUUUUUAAUUUUUUAUUUCUUCAUAUCAUUUCAAUGUCCUCAGAAUUAAGGUGGCAAAAUGACCCUUUCAAAGUAAGAGGUCGGAUUGAUCCUACGACAGAAAUAGGAAGAGAAGUAUUAAAACAACCACCAGCAACAAGAUACGAAUUAUGGAGUUAUUAUCUUUAUUACAAUGGUAACAAUGGAUACAAUCUUUAUUAUUUCCUUCCUACUUUUUUACAAUACUUGGCUCAGCAAGGAGGAUUUGAUCCAACCAAGGCAGGUCGACCCAAGUGCCAGCUGACUUCAAAUACGGAUAAUGCACCAUGCAAUGUACCUUGGCUCAAUCUUCAGGAUGGUAUUCCCGUCGUCUCCAUGGUGAUGUAUGUCACCGCCAUCUCCUUCAGUGCUCAAUUCGUUAUCUUCACAACGUUUGGUUCCCUAGCUGAUUAUGGACGUUAUAAUCAUUAUAUUCUCAUCGUGGCCACACUGAUCAGCUGCGUUGCACAGAUCUUGCCCAUCUUCUAUAUCAACAAUGACGGUUCAGGUUGGAUAACUAUAUUGGUUCUUAAUAUCAUCGCUUUGACUGCCUAUGGUGUUACCUUGGUCUUUUAUACUGCUGCUUUCCCGCUUUUGAGUGAUAAUUUACCUUUGGUUCGAAGUGUCCGUGCUGAUCCUAUGAUAUCUAUUGAAGAAACUCAACUUAUAGUCGAAAAGUGGAGAAAUCAUGUCUCGGCCGUAUCAACUGCUUUUUCGAACAUCGGCUUCCUUAUCUAUUCAGGUGUAUUUGUUGGUGUUUCAUUUAUACCAUGGUAUAAUGGACCAUUUGUCAAUGAUCAAUCUGGAACAUUUGGGAAUACUCUCGCAUAUUAUUGUAUUGGAUCAGUUGUUGGUGGAGCCUAUUGCUUGGUCAAUGCAUUACCCUAUUUCAUCCUCCGACCGGUUGGACGGAAAGGUCCUCCGUUGCCACCAGAUCAAAGUCAUUUUACUGUUGGUUGGAAAUCUAUAUUUCAAGCACUAAAGGAAGCCAAAAAAUAUCGAUAUUUGUAUUUAUAUAUAGUAUCCUAUUUUUUAUUUACUGAUGGAGUGAAUGCCAUUAGCGUUUUACAACAAUUUCUUCAAAAUGAAAUCACUGAUUUUUCAGCAACGGCAAAUGCAGGUAUGGGAUUAGUCACUGCUGUAUUUUCUCUUAUUGGAUGUUUUUUCUUUCUGUUCUUGGCAAAACAAUUUACUCUUAGUACAAAGACCAUUUUGAUGACCAUUGUGGUAACAACUGGUAUUUUACCACUCUGGGGAUGUUUUGGUAUUGGAAUGGAUAACUUUGGAAUAAAAACUGUAUGGGAACUUUGGGUAUCAUCAGCUUGGUCAGGCUUCUUCACAGGUCCAAUUUGGGCGUGGGAACAGACAAUGCUUGCACAACUAGUUCCUCCAGGUAAAGAAAAUUUAUUUUUUGGACUUUUCGGUAUAGCCAGUAAAGCAUCAUCCUGGAUGGCUUUUGCAGUGAUUGGUGCAGUGACAGAAAAGACGGCCAAUCCAUAUUACGGUUGGCUUCUCAUAGCCAUCCUAUUCGUUUUGGCUACCAUCAUCUUAUGGUAUGUUGAUAUGGAAGCUGCCAAGUUAGAAAUGUUACAUAUUGAAAUGCAUCAAGAGCUUCUUGAUCGGAUGGCCACUAAUAGAAUUUCUUCUCCCCCUCCCCUUACUACCACCACUACGACUGAAGCAUCUACAUCCGUCGAUGGAACAGAUGUCAUCGAAAAAGUGCCUAUCAUCAAGUUAGAACUAUACUCUGAUGGUAGUAAAAAAUAAUCAACACAUAGAUUGAACUUUAACAAAGCAUUAUGUCAAAUAUAGUUCAAAAAAUUAAAUACAUUAAAUCUCAGCACCUAUAUAAAAG